AUGACAGACGUUGAACUUGAUGCCGACUCAGACCUUCAUGAAUACUCCUUGGAUACGGCCAAUCAGAACGGUGUCCCUCAACCUGGCCAGGCCCGUGUUCCCUUCGGCCUAGACACCUUCAACCUGGAAACCGAGUCCAUCCUUGCCUCGGCCGGUCCUUUCCAGCAGCAGUUUUUCUCCCCAUCUACGUCUCCCAUGAUGACCACAAACUCCUUCGCCGGCGUGUACCCAAACAACUCGAUCCCAGGCUCGGCAAUGAACAUGGGGGAUUUCUAUUCCCCACCGCUUCCGGCUAUCACUCCACCGCCUCGACGCCACAUGCUGUCAAUGAGGGUGAAGGCUUCUACUUUGGGUCGCUUGAUAUCCGCGGCCAGAGACAACAGCAGCAGCCAGGAUUCUCCGGCGGCCAGGCCAGCUUCACUCCGAACCCCCUCCGCCUAUAGCACCGCCCCUAGCUCCUUCGGUCACAUUGAUCCUUCCCAGGUCUUCCAGCAGCAUGACCAAAUGGUCAGGUCUCCCCGGUCUUCCCAUACAAAUGACAACAUGUUCUCCUUUGGUGCCGACUCCGAUGAUGAGGAGGCAGGUGGCGUAUUCUCUGAGCGAAAUACCGCUAUGCCGGGCAAUUUCUCGCCCGCGAUGGAGGAUAGCAGCUCGUUGCAGUGGGACGCGUCCCUCCCAGGCCAGUUUAGCACUCAGGCAGCUAGGUACCCUGGAGGGCCUCCCCGCAAGACUGUAACCAUCGGCGGAACCACUACCGAUUAUGUCGAAACCAGCGGAGACUGGGAAAGCGGUAUGAAUAGGUCCCAGUCCCAAAAUUUCAAGUCCUCAGCAGACAAGCGGCAAAGACUGCCUCGCACUUCCUCCACUUCUUCCACAACUCGCCUCAUGAACCAAAGGGGUUCUGGCUCCGAUCGCACCGCCCGUUCCACCCCAAGCUCGCCACCUGGAGACGGCGGUAUGUCGGCCCUUUCGUCUGCUGCCCCAAGCCGGCAGUCUACUCCUCCACCCUCGAAACAUGGCUCGACGACCAACCUUCAAAAUGCUGGAAACGGCCAAGGCGAGAGCAGUGCGCCUACUACUUGUACCAACUGCUUUACGCAAACGACACCUCUAUGGCGUCGUAACCCAGAAGGUCAACCUCUUUGCAACGCAUGCGGACUGUUCUUGAAGCUCCAUGGCGUUGUUCGGCCACUGAGUCUGAAGACCGACGUCAUCAAGAAACGCAAUCGUGGCUCAGGUCCGAACGUUCCUGGAGGCGGCUCCGGUACGAGAUCCAAGAAGACCACCUCCGGCACCAACUCUGCCUCGGCGUCUCGCCGAAACUCGUCUCUUGCUGUGUCUUCUUUGGCCACUGUUGCCGCCGGCAAAGGCAAUCCUGCCCCCGCUUCGGUAAAGCGCACUUCGGCUGGCGAGUCUCCGUCGGCCGAUGCCGGCCCCAGCGCCAAAUCUGCGGGGGCAGCCUCCUCUGCUAAUUUUGCGGGCGCGGGCGGCGCUGUCGGCGAUAUCGACCUCUCGGGCGAUAUGGAUGUCGAUAGCCCCGAGAGCUCUACGGGAUCCAACGACGGGACUAUGAAGUCUACCCCGGGUUUGACGCACGCCCACAGCUCCGCUAGCUUGGGAUUAGCAAGCGCUUUUGGCAUGACCCAACGGCCAAUCGGAUCCCAAAGCAUGAUCUCCAUGUCCGGUGUUCGGCCGUCGGCUGCGAUGGGUAACCCCGCCGCUGGCACCUCGGGAGCUCAAGAAUGGGAAUGGCUUACGAUGAGUCUCUAG